AAAAAAAAAAAAGCGAGCGCUCGUGGAGUCUGUCUGCAGCUGCUGAGUAAGUAAAUGGGUAAUGUGUGUGAAUGUGUCUGAGCGUGCGUGCGUGUGCGUGUGUGCGUGUGUGUGUGAGUGCGUGUGUGUGCGUGCGUGCGUGCAUGAGUGCUACUGAGGAAAAAGGCUCGCGAGUAUUACGGUGAAGUGGUCGGUUUAAAGCAUGCAGAUGGGCUCCGUGUGCGAAAUGCGCCUCACGCGGAAACGCUGGACCAUUUGCACGAUCGGCCUCCUUCUAAUCUUCUACAAGACGAAAGAAAGAGCAAGAAGUACCGAGCAUCAGGAAGCCCAACUCACAAGAGAGAGUGAAAUGAGUACUUCAAGACUAAUGGUCAAUGGCAGCGAGAAAGUCUUUCACAAGAACCUUCCGGCAUAUUUGCAGACCACGCAAGAAGGGUGGAAGGUCAAUGCUACUCUAGUUGGCCUAAUAAGGAAGGACAUCCUCCGCUUCUUGGAUGCAGAGAGGGACGUGUCCGUGAUCAAGAGCAGCUUUAAACCUGGUGACACCAUCCACUACGUUCUGGACCGACGCAGGACGCUGAACGUCUCACACACUCUGCACAGCCUGCUUCCUGAGGUCUCACCUCUCAAGAACAAAAGGUUCAAGACAUGCGCUGUGGUGGGCAACUCUGGUGUGCUUCUCAAGAGCGGAUGUGGGAAGGAGAUAGACAGCCAUGAUUUUGUUAUACGAUGUAACCUCGCUCCCCUGGCUGAGUUCGCUGAGGAUGUGGGUUUAAGGUCAGACUUCACCACCAUGAACCCGUCUGUCAUUCAGCGUGUGUACGGCGGUCUGUUGAACGAGACGGUGCGUGAGCUCUUCGUGCAGCGUUUGAGUCUGUUGAAUGACAGCGUCCUGUGGAUUCCAGCCUUCAUGGUGAAGGGAGGAGAGAAGCACGUGGAGGGUGUCAACGAGCUCAUCCUCAAGAGGAAGCUUCCGGUGCGCAUGGCCUACCCCUCCCUCCGCCUGGUCCAUGCUGUUAGAGGGUACUGGCUCACAAACAAGGUAAAUAUCAAGCGUCCCAGCACCGGAUUGCUGAUGUACACCAUGGCCACGCGUUUCUGCGAUGAGAUCCACUUGUACGGAUUUUGGCCAUUCCCAAAAGACGCCAGUGGAAAUCCAGUGAAGUAUCAUUACUACGACAUGCUCAAGUACCGAUACUUCUCCAACGCAAGUCCUCACCGGAUGCCACUUGAGUUCAAGACAUUAAAAAUGUUACACAGCAAAGGGGCACUAAAGCUGACAACGUCUAAAUGUAGACAAGCUUGACUGAUUGGAAAGACAGAUGAUGCAGUUGAAUGACAGAAACCCCCAGUCGAAUCCUUUGAAGCUGAACUGAACGUGCCUUGAGUUGAAUAUUUCAAAGGCACUAUCUGCAGAAUCGAAAAUGCUUCAGAAUGCUCUAUCAUAUUUCAGUAAUUCAAUUCCCCAAUUCACUGGUGAACUGUAAAAGAGCUCUUGAGCUACAGAUACCUUGCAAUAGUAUGACUGGUGAGUUAAGCCUCAUUGGUUGUUUUACACAUGAAUACUGUUUGGUUGUUCUCAGUGACUUCAUCUAAAAUGAGUAGCAUCCUUACUACGGGAAAGUUACUGUAACGUCUUAUCGGUCCCAAAGAUCUUAAUGUUCCUUGAGAGAUUGUAAUGUUUUUUCAGUGCUGUAAUUUUUAGGAGCUAGAGGCCUUUGUGCAAAUUAGUGCAAAUUAUUUUUAUAUGAAUGUAGGUCAUACAGUGCUUACAUGUUCAAUUUGCUGUGUUGAAGAUGUCACUAAUUUUUUAAGCCAUUUCAAGCCUCGAUGAUGUAAUAUACUGUAAGUCUGAAUGGUAGUACCACUUGUGUAAAUAAUGCAUAGUUUGUUACAUAGAAAGGUAGGCUGGUGAUUGUGUUGAUUGAAUGUACCAUAUAUUUAUUGAGCCUGAAUAUUGGAAUAUAACAUCUCUCAGCUGAUUUCAUUUCUUCCUUAUGUUAUUUUAAGGCCUGGAUAUACUGAGCUAUUCAUCAGGUAUUGCAGUUUAGUUUGUUUGUCAUUGAACUGUGAUGUCCUGUGUUUUUAUUGUAUCGUUCAGUGUAUUGUUGUCACAGUGUCAGGGUUUCACGGUUAGCUGUGGUUACCUUACCUUACCUAAGUGACUUUUUCAAAAUACAGAUUUUCCACACAGACACUUUUUAUUUCAGUUUCUAAUGACAAAGUGAUAAAUACUUAAUGAUAUAAGAGAUUUUAAGGAAAAGUUCCUAGCACAGGUAGACUAUGUUCAUGUCAUAAUCAUGUGACCUACUAAUAAUCAAGCUUAACUUCCACGGUCACAAAUCCUACAACAAGCGCUUAUAAUAAAGAUUGAAUAGAAAGAUCGAAUAAAUGAAUAUUGAAUUAAAAUGAGGUAUAUAUAGCACACAUGGAAUUUUUAAUGUGACGGCUAUGCAUACAUAAUGGAAGGGAAGACUCUCCCUUAUCUGUGAUUCAUACAGAGAUCGCUUAUCCUAUGCGAAUCGAUCAUGAUUAGUACAGACAUCCUCUGGCAACAUUACUUAGCAGACGUGCGGAGAUCUUAUCCUGCAGAAAGAAGAAAAAUUAGGACAUCGUUCCUAUUUGUUUCCUUUUGGCUUUUGUUAUGUAAAAAAGGAUGUGCAAAGAUUCAGUAGUAAAUAUUUCCUUUGAUUUUCACCAUCGUUAAAUGCUGAUUAUUACCGUGAUAACUGUGAUAUUUUUAGACAAGGUAAUCAUACCUUGAAAAUUUCAAACCGGAGCACCCCAACUUCAAUACAUUACAUAUUUCGACUCCUUUUGUUUAACGCGAAUGUGUAACAUUACCAUAUCAUUUGCGCAUUUACUCAUUAUAGUGAAUGUUGCUGUUGUACACCAUGUAUGCUGUAUAUAUGCUCAGUGGUUCCAGGCCUUUGGUGCUUCUCCAGUUUCUCUCUCUGACAUUCUAAUGACUUUUCGCUACCUGUAGCACUGUACAUAUGUAAGAAUGUAAAGACAUUUUCACCAGUUUUCAACAGAAAUGUACUACUUCACACUGACUGAAUAUUGUAAUGUAUUUCAUGCACUGUAUUGGGGUUGGUCACAGUUAUGGGCUUAUUUCCUAGAAUGUUGUUAAUGUCACAUAUUUUUACAAAUUGUUUUUGGUUACGAAUAAUUUUGGUUUGCAGUGUUUUGGCAUCUGGUUGUUUUGCGAAGAUUGCUGGGAGCAAAGAUCUUUAAAAAUGCCUUUAAUUGUUACAGUCUGCCUGGUAUUCUGUCUCUUAGUAUGUACCUGUAGCAAGCAGUGUUGGCCAAUAGCUAAACACUCAGCAGUCGCAAUAAUGGAAAAGAGAUCUAUUCAAAAACCAAUAACUAGGAAUAUUAAAUGGUGUUUCUCAGUCUGUCCUGAGAAAUGUCUGAUUCAAUUGAUUAACUCAACAAAAGAGAUUAGCGCCCAAAAGGUGCUCUUUAUGUGUUUACAGAUUAUGGCACAAGCUUGUCAAGCACUAUGUGAAGACCAACUGUGUUAAGGCCAGUGGUACACUGGGGAUUUAUUUGGCAAAUGCACAUUAAUCCUUGUUCAAAUAUGUUCAGAUUUGUUCAGUAAAAGGAUGGUUGGUUAAAUAAAAGGCUAAGGUCCCUCAAGAAUGGGGUCUGAUGAGUAGAACCAUGUAUUAUGUGGAUAUACUGUGUAUAGUUCUGUGGUAUGUCCUAGCAAUACUGUACUGCCUGGUAUUUGAAACUAUAGGCCAUGUAUCAUACUAUUUAUUGUUUGAGGAAACUGCUGUUGUUUUCCCAUUCAGGAUUUUCAUUUUGUCAGUAAUUUAUAUUGUAAUUUUUUUGUAAAGAUGUUGAAUGUGAUAGAUCAUUUUUAGACAGUUUGAUACUUGUUUUGCUAAAAUUGCAGCUUUAAUCUGAGUUCACUUUUUUCAAAACCAAAUUUCUAUGUUUGUAGAAAUUUUAGAAAAGGAAAUAAAAUACACUGAUCCCAUCUCUGUUUUAAGUA